ACAAAAAAUAAAAUAAAAUAAAAUGAACUGAAAACGGAAACUUAUCAACUGCCAAAAUCAUCACAUCCUCGAAUAGGAGGUGGUAGGAGGGUCAGCAGCAGUAGAGUACGGCCAUGGCCUCCCCUGCUCUUCCCCUCUCAUUGUCUCCAUCUUCUUCUCCUACACCUCAAAGCCCAAAUACCAGUUCGACCCCUGCCCAUCAAUCCCCUUCCAUCUCUGUCCCAAAACCUAAAAAACCCACAAUUCGCUCCCGCCUGAGCAAGCUCUGCCAAGAAGGCCAACCCCACCUCGCACGCCAACUGUUUGAUACUCUUCCUCGCCCAACUACUGUUCUUUGGAAUACAAUUAUUAUUGGGUUCAUUUGCAAUAGCUUCCCCGAUGAAGCGCUUUUGCUUUAUGCCCAGAUGAAGAAAGCUUAUCCUCGAACCAAAUGUGAUUCCUACACUUACUCUUCCACACUCAAAGCCUGCGCCGAAACUCGAAACCUCAGGAUAGGUAAAGCCGUGCAUUGCCAUGUUCUUCGUUGUCUGUCAAAUCCCAGUAUGAUUUUGUAUAAUUCGCUUUUAAAUAUGUAUUCUACGUGUCUGCAUGGUUGUGAUUAUUCGAGGUAUGAUGUUGUACGUAAAGUGUUUGAUACAAUGCAUAAAAGAAAUGUGGUUGCUUGGAAUACCCUUGUCUCAUGGUAUGUGAAGACGGAGAGAUAUGAAGAAGCUAUUGAGCAGUUUAUUACGAUGAUGAGAAUGAGGAUAAAACCGAGUGCGGUCAGUUUUGUCAAUGUUUUUCCUGCUUUAGCGGGUAUGAAAGAUUAUAAGAACGCUAAUGUUCUUUACGGGCUUCUAAUAAGGAUGGGUAGUGAAUAUGUGAAUGACUUGUUUGUUGUGAGCUCGGGGAUAUUCAUGUUCUCCGAACUUGGUUGCCUUGAUUUAGCCAGGAAGAUUUUUGACCUAUGCUUGGAGAGAAACACCGAGGUUUGGAACACAAUGAUUGGUGGGUAUGUUCAAAAUAACCUUCCCGCUGAAGCAAUAGAACUUUUUCUUCAAGCAAUACAGUCAGAACAAGCUGUCCUUGAUGAAGUUACUUUGCUUUCAGCUUUAACUGCAGUUUCACAAUUGCAACAAUUGGAGUUGGCUCAACAGCUUCAUGCUUUCACAAUUAAGAAGUUGCAAAAAAUGCCUACCUUUAUAACAAAUGCGCUAAUUGUCAUGUACUCAAGGUGUGAUUUUAUUGAUAUGUCAUUCAAAAUUUUUCAUGAGAUGGUAGAAAGAGAUGUUGUUUCAUGGAAUACAAUGAUUUCUUCAUUUGUGCAAAAUGGGUUGGAUGAUGAAGCUAUAAUGCUUGUCUAUGAGAUGCAGAAACAACAGUUUACAAUUGAUUCUGUAACGGUAACUGCCCUCCUUUCUGCAGCAUCUAAUAUUAGAAACCCAAACAUUGGAAAGCAGACCCAUGCAUAUCUUAUUAGGCAUGGGAUAGAAUUUGAAGGAAUGGAAAGUUAUCUAAUAGACAUGUAUGCUAAAUCAGGUUUAGUCAGGAUUUCACAACUACUUUUUGAGAAGAAUUAUAUUCAUCAGAGAGAUCUGGCUACUUGGAAUUCAAUGAUUGCCGGAUACACACAGAAUGGACUGACAGAAGAAGCUUUUGUUGUCUUGAGGCUGAUGAUUGAGCAAAACUUGGUACCAAAUGCUGUAACUUUAGCAUCAGUUCUCCCUGCUUGUCAUCCACUAGGGAACAUAGAUUUGGGCAAGCAACUGCAUGGAUUCUCUGUCCGCCACUACCUGGACCAAAAUGUAUUUGUGGCUACUGCUCUAAUUGACAUGUACUCAAAAUCUGGUGCAAUCACUUAUGCUGAAAAAGUGUUUUCUGAAACCACUGAGAAGAAUUCUGUCACUUACACUACCAUGAUUCUGGGUUAUGGUCAGCAUGGAAUGGGUGGAAGAGCUCUCUCUUUAUUUUAUUCAAUGCAGGGUUGUGGCAUUAAACCUGAUGCCAUUACCUUUGUUGCAGUGUUAUCUGCUUGCAGUUACGCUGGUUUGGUUGAUGAAGGUCUUAAUAUAUUUCAGUCAAUGAAAAAAGAAUAUGGCAUUCAACCAUCAACUGCACACUAUUGUUGCGUGGCAGACAUGUUAGGGAGGGUCGGUAGAGUGGUUGAAGCCUAUGAGUUUGUUAAAGGGUUGGGUGAGGAGGGUAAUAUACCAGAAAUAUGGGGAUCACUUCUUGGGGCAUGCAGAAUUCAUGAUCAGUUUGAAUUGGGAAAAGUUGUAGCAGAGAAGUUGCUUGGCAUGGAGGCAGGAAAUGGCAACACUGGCUACCAUGUUUUGCUCUCAAAUAUGUAUGCAGAUGAAGGGAAGUGGGAAAAUGUUGACAAAGUGAGAAAACAAAUGAGGGAAAAGGGUUUGAGGAAGGAGACUGGACGUAGUUGGAUUGAGAUUUCUGGUCUCGUGAACUAUUUUGUUUCUAGGGACCAGGAACACCCUCAAUGUGAUGAGAUCUAUAAUAUGCUGCGAGAAUUGGCAAUGGCAAUGAAAGCUGUUGGUUACAAACCUUGUCUUGGUUCCGAUUUAGACGGAAUUAGUGAAUCAGAUGAAUAAUGUGGAACACGUGUUGUGCACUUUAUUGGCAUCUUGGAGGGAUCACUUUACUGCUUGCAAUGGAGUAAAAACAGUUGGGCUUAAGGGUGCAUUCCCACCAUAAUACUAUUUCAAUUUCUUUUGUCUGUGAGGCCAUAGACAGAAAUUGAGGCUGGAAGUCCUACUGCAGCAAGUGCUCCUCAGGGAUUAAUUUGAAAAUACUGAAGAUUUAUGAUUUAUGUUCAUCCCAGAGGAAUGAUAGUUGAUGACGAGUAAGUAAUAUUGGAAUCUGCAAAUAUUCAUCAGCGUUCUAUGGAAGGCACAAGAGUCACAAAAUUUGCAAUGGUAUGGGAGCAUACAAGCCUAAUUAUACCUGGGCUUGAAAACUCUCUAAUCUUCCUCUAUGGGUAAAAAAAUUUAAUUUGAACUUUAUGUUAAUAUAGAUCAUUAGAACAUUAUGUGAGAAUAUGAUGAACUGGAAACAAUUUGCUGCUUAUGAGGUGACAGAGAUGAAGGGCCAUCUAGUGAAGUACCCGGUAUAAGUUGAUUGCAAUGUCAAGGUGAGGUCCCUUCCUGCAUAUGAAAACUUUGCAGAUAUGAAAGGAAAUAUAGUUGGCUCAUUCCUUGCCACUGAAGAAAAUCCAACUUUAUAAACAUUUGUAGAAGAAAUUUUGUUGUGGUUAUGUGCUAGAAAAGAAUCCCUUUCUGAUGUAUGGAUAUUUGUACUUCUUUGUUGUUGUACAUUCAUAUGAAUAUGACUACAUAAGGAGAAUUUGCAAUAAGAAGAAAAAAUUUUGCCCAA